UAUCGCUUUGGUCCACACCUCGUGUAUUUUUUCAUACCUCCAUCGGCUCUCACACAUUUCAAUCGAUUUUGAUAAUUUUGCAGUGCGAAACCCCUUGGAAACUAUUGAAUUGUGUCGUAAAACAUCGCAGAAGCAAAAGUUAAGUGAAGAUGGUGAGCAAACCCGGAGCAAAAGCGGCUGUUGCCAAGCCCAAAAGUCAGGCCUUUAAAGACAAAAGCAAGCCAGCUGACAUUCGUUUGAGCAAUAUUAACGCUGCAAAAGCUGUUUGCGAUGCCAUUCGCACAAGUUUGGGUCCUCGAGGCAUGGACAAGAUGAUUCAAGCUGGAAACGGCGAAGUCACAAUCACGAAUGACGGCGCCACGAUUUUGAAGCAAAUGAAUGUCAUCCAUCCAGCGGCAAAGAUGUUGGUUGAAUUGUCACGUGCGCAAGACGUCGAAGCUGGAGACGGUACGACAUCCGUUGUUGUUGUUGCCGGCGCCUUAUUGGAAGCUGUCGAGAAACUCUUGAACAUGGGAAUUCAUCCGACGGCGAUUUCGGAUGCUUUUCAAAAGUGCGCCCGCAAAGCUGUCGAAAUUUUGACGGAAAUGUCGAAGCCAUUGGAGUUGACGGACAUGGAAAGUCUCGUAAAAAUCGCUUCAACGUCGCUAAAUUCGAAAGUUGUGUCGCAGCAAAGUAGUUUGUUGGCUCCGAUCGCUGUCGAUGCCGUGCUUAAAGUCACCGAACCAGGCAAGGAAUAUUCCGUUGACUUGAAAAAUAUCAAAAUUGUUCGCAGUUUGGGCGGCACGAUCGAAGAUACGGAGAUGAUUGAUGGUUUGGUCUUCACACAAAAGUCGUCGGGAGUCAAUGCACCGAAACGCAUCGAAAAAGCAAAGAUUGGAUUGAUUCAAUUUUGCAUUUCUGCACCAAAAACUGAUAUGGAUCACAGCGUGGUUGUUUCUGACUAUGCCGCCAUGGAUCGCGUGUUGAAAGAGGAACGUGCCUACAUCUUAAACAUCGUUAAACAGAUCAAGAAGGCAGGAUGCACAGUAUUACUUGUCCAAAAAUCAAUUUUACGUGAUGCCGUUUCCGACUUGGCACAACACUUUUUGGACAAAAUCAAGGUCAUGGUUGUCAAAGAUGUCGAACGCGAGGAUAUUGACUUCGUCUGCAAAACCCUCAAUUGUCGCCCGAUCGCCUCUUUGGACCAUUUCGUGCCCGAAAAUCUCGUAAAUGCCGAUCUCGUCGAGGAAAUCUCCUCUGGCACGAACAAAUUCGUCAAAGUCACUGGCAUCCAAAAUCAGGGACGCACCGUUUCCAUCAUCGCUCGUGGCUCCAACAAACUCAUCUUGGAAGAAGCCGAACGUUCGUUGCACGAUGCUUUGUGCGUCGUUCGUUGCUUGGUCCGCAAACGUGCUUUGAUUGCUGGCGGCGGAGCUCCCGAGAUCGAAAUGGCUUUGCAAUUGGCGGCUUACGCUCAAACACUCGAAGGUGUCGAUGCGUAUUGUUUCCGCGCCUUUGCCAACGCUUUGGAAGUGAUUCCGUCGACACUCGCGGAAAAUGCUGGCUUGAAUCCGAUCGCGACAGUGACGGAAUUGCGAAAUCGCCAUGCGCAGGGAGAGAAAAAUGCCGGAAUUAAUGUGAGAAAGGGAGCGAUCACGGAUAUUUUGGCGGAAAAUGUCAUGCAACCGUUGUUGGUUUCGACGUCAUCCAUCACCUUGGCCUCCGAAACUGUUCGAUCGAUCCUCAAAAUUGACGAUAUCGUCAACACAUUCACAUAAGAAGACACUUUGCAUACUCAUAAACAUUAAUUUUUUGUUCAUUUUAUCACUAAUGCUUUAGUUUUUUUUUUCGCUUGAAACGAGAUGAUGAUCAACUAACAUUUAAAUUUAAUAUGUAAUAAUUAAAAAUCGUACUAAGCGACUAUUUUUUCACAUUUAGCACCGAUGUCAGUUAUUUUUAAAUGGAUACAAAUAAAAAUCAAGCUUUAUCACCCU